AUGUGCAGCAGCAUAAUCAUGGACAAUUACCAAGGUGAUUUAACUGACAUAGUCCGAGCCAGUGGUGGAGCAUAUGGUAUUGGUAGUAGCAGCACUUCAUCAUCUGAAUUAGCUACUACAUCUCAUCACCACCACCAUCAUCAUCAUAAUCAUAAUCAUAAUGAUCACUGGCACCAACACUUCUCUUCUGAUCCCAUGAAUUUCUCUUCUGUUCUUGAAGACCCCAAAGGAAGCACCAACUUUGGUGAUCCAUUCUCAACCAUGAGAGAUCCCUUUCUUCAGGAGCUUGACAUGCCUUCAGCUUCUGCAUACUUCACUGCUUCUGGGGGUUUAGAAGAUGCAGCUGCUAGUUUUGGUGGUGUUAGUGGUGGUAAUACUAGUAGUACUAAUACUAAUACUAGUGCUACUUCUGUUGUUGCUGCACACAAGAUUCUUGAAGAACAUGACAUGAGAAGGCCUUGUAAAAACAUAUUCUCAAACAUGAUUCAGAUCUCUCCCAGUGCAAAGUUACCCGUCUCACCCUAUGAUUCCACAGCCAUGGCACCUUCUCCAAGGGCAAUUAAGCCUUCUGCUGUGGUUUCACCCAACAUGGUUAAUGCAAACACCUCCAAGGAUUGCCUUGUGGACACCACAGGAGUGCAGAUCUCAUCUCCACGGAAUCCGGGUCUUAAACGAAGGAAGAACCAGGCCAAAAAGGUAGUUUGUAUUCCUGCACCUGCAGCUGCAAACAGCAGACAAACUGGAGAGGUAGUUCCGUCAGAUUUGUGGGCUUGGAGAAAAUACGGUCAGAAACCCAUUAAAGGUUCACCUUAUCCCAGGGGUUAUUAUAGAUGCAGCAGCUCAAAGGGUUGUUCUGCAAGGAAGCAAGUUGAGAGGAGCAGAACAGACCCAAACAUGUUGGUUAUUACAUACACUUCAGAGCACAACCAUCCAUGGCCAACUCAAAGAAAUGCUCUAGCUGGUUCAACAAGGUCCCAGCCAUCAAAGAACAACAAUGCUACAAAUUCAAAGAAUUCAGAAUCCUCUUUUAAUCCCCAAAAGGGUACAACAACAAAGCCAAAGGAAGAGCAACAGCAAGAGAGCAACAAUAAUGAGGGAAAUGUGUCCCCAGUUGUUGCUGGGAACUCAGGAAACAGUGCAUCUGUGAAGGAAGAGAACAUGGAAGACAUAGAGAAGCAAUUUGAGAUGGAUGAGGGAGAAUUCAGUGAUGGACUCCCUUAUAAGCCUUGUAUGAUGGAUCAAAGCAAUAACCAAUCCGAGGACUUUUUUGCUGAGUUGGGAGAAAUAGAAGCUGACCCACUAAACCUUUUGUUCACUCAAGGGUUUGGUGCAGCAGAAGAUCAAAGGGAAUCCAAGGCCUUAGAUCCAUUCCAUCUAUUUGACUGGUCAGGAGACACCAACACCAACACCAAUACCAACUCAUUUGAAGAACCAAAUAAGAGAAGGUUAUGACAAGACCUAGAAAAAAGAAUAGUCAGGGAGAUAAAUUAGUAGAGUGAAAAAAAGAGAGUGCUGGUUGAUUGGAAGCAAACCCAACGAGUCCCACAUUCCUUUUGGAAUAUUGGUGGAUGGGACAGAAAGCUGAGGAACAGAAGGUUGCAACAGUUAAAACAAGUACAGUCACUAUAGACAUGACUCGAAAGCUCAGUGAGUAGAUUGAUGAUGAUAAUGGGAUGGGACUAGCCCUUUCAUCUUUUCAAGUGGGAAAAAUUAUUUAAAAACCUCACCCUUCCUCAUGUGGGGUUUCCUAUUAAAAGUGAAAAAAAGGAAAAAUGAAGAAUGGUUUCGGAGAUUUGCUUGCUGAGAUGAAAUUUAUGAAAGCAGACAAAAAUAUAUAUAUAUAGGGUUAAAGUAUAUUAUAUUAUAAUAUUAUACUAUAAUAUAAAGCUUGACUUUUCAUAUCAGUCAUUUCUAGGAUGUGUGACAUGAGAGGGAAAUGCAUGCUUUGGUUCCUCGGCUUUCUGUUUUUUAUUAUCCACCGACUCAUGUUCAUUGUUUUGAAUGAGAUGAGAUUACUUUAUAUGUUUCUUACAUUGGUUGCUAAUUACAUUUUUAUUCUAUUGUU